GGUGGGGGGGCGUUCCCAUGACUGUGGACGGCGUUGUAUUUGCGUACGGUAGGUGUUAGGUGCCUGGGGACGGGCGCCCGCGUGAAAAGGGUAGUAGCCUUUGAGCCAGGUGACCGGGGGACAGGAAAACCUGGACCUGGUUAAUGAUUCUCCCUGUUCCUGGAGUAGGGUGGGUGGGGCAAGAGGAGGCUGGUGCAGGAGGGGAUGCCUCAAAAUGCUCAAGAGGGCCAAACUAGUUCCCCAGCCCCUCCAGGAAUGUGUGGCCUGCGGGUGGGGCUGGGCACAGGAGGGCAGGGCUUAAGGGCCACAGCCCUGAGCCAGUUGUUGUGGCAAGCCAAGAGAAGAGGAAGGCCAGGCUAUGAUGGAGGCAGGCCUGGCCUGAUCUUAUGGCCUGUGUCCUCCCCACAGGACAGGGAUGGUCUUGGAGCUUGUGGUCAUGGAGCUGAAGGUAUGGGUAGAUGGCAUCCAGCGGGUGGUCUGUGGGGUCUCAGAACAGACCACCUGCCAAGAAGUGGUCAUCGCGCUAGCCCAAGCUAUAGGCCAGACAGGCCGCUUUGUCCUUGUACAGCGUCUUAGGGAGAAGGAACGGCAGCUGCUGCCACAGGAGUGUCCAGUGGGAGCCCAAGCCACCUGUGGACAAUUUGCCAGUGAUGUCCAAUUUGUCCUGAGGCGGACGGGGCCCAGCCUGUCUGGAAGGCCCUCUUCAGACAACUGUCCACCCCCAGAACGAUGCCCAGUUAGGGCCAGCCUCCCCCCAAAGUCGUGGGCAGCACCAGGCCGUGAACCACACACAGCACUGGCCUUCACCCCAGGAUGUCCCAAGCUGGCCCCCAACUCCUCCAUCUCUGAGCCUACAGCCCUAGUAGGAUCCACACCAGACUGCUUUGCAGAUCUGCAGGGCCUAGAACUCAGGAUACAGAGGAAUGCUGAGGAGUUGGGCCAUGAGGCCUUCUGGGAGCAGGAGCUACGACGAGAACAAGCCAGGGAGCGUGAGGGACAGGCACGCCUGCAAGCACUGAGUGCAGCUACUGCUGAGCAUGCUGCCCGGCUGGAGGCCCUAGAUGCCCAAGCCUGUGCCCUGGAGGCAGAACUUCGGCUGGCUGCUGAGGCCCCUGGCCCUCCUUCAGCUACAGCAUCUGCUACUGAGCGCCUACGCCAGGACCUGGCCAUCCAGGAGCGGCAUAGUAUGGAGAUGCAAGGCACCUUGGCCCUGGUGAGCCGGGCUCUGGAGGCUGCUGAGCAUGCUCUACAGGCACAGACUCAGGAGCUGGAGGAGCUGAACAGGGAACUCCGUCAGUGCAACCUGCAACAGUUCAUCCAGCAGACAGGUGCCGCAGUGCCGCCACCUUCACAGCUGGACAGAAGCAUCCCCAGCCCACAGGACCUUCCAACCAGUGAUGAGCCCCUCCGGGGAGUCCCCCAGAGCCAUGUCCUAGUGUCCAGCCUGAGUCCUGAGGUUCCCCCCAUGAGGCAGAGCCCCUGGAGGUAGCAGUUCCUGCUCAAGUAGGAGAUACAGAGUAAGAGUACAGAUGAGCCAGCACAGCUGGAAUGAGCCACCUGGACAAUGGGAGAGUGUGAUCACAGGGUUCUUUCCCUAAAGUCGGGAAAGCUAUGGCCUGGGGUCUCUGCUUCAGGGGCGGGAGUGCUAGAGAACACGUUGUCCUAGUCUUUUCAAGUCUUCCAAGUCCCCUGAAGAAGCAGUGAGCACAGUUUCAAGGCCACUACUUACUGGAGGGGAGAGAAGUGUGGACAGUACUUUCAUUCUGUGGGUGUGUGCCUGCCGCUGAUGCCACUGGACAUGUGCUGCCUUCUUUGCCCUGACAAACCUCAAUAAACUACCUUUCAAAGGUG